AAAUAAAAUUAGUGACAUAUGAUAGCAACAGCAAAAUAAGUUUAACAUUCAUGAUUCAAUGUGUAAAUAAAUGUUAGGCAUAGAGGUCAAAUUGUCAUUAAGCUAUUGGCAUUUAGUAUAUAUUAUACUUAGGGCUUACACUUAGAGUGUAUAACUGACAUAUAUUUAAUUAUUUAAAAUUAAUAAAAAUAUAUUUAUUAUUUUAAUAAAAAAAUUUCGUAAUUAAUGAUGGGCUUCUACUUAUUUGCUAAGAAUCCUGUGGAAAGAUUUGAAAAGUACAGCCAAAAUAACACCCCCAAAACAUUUCAUUCUCAACCAGUCAUUUAGAGAUAAAAAGCCCACCAACCCUUCUCGCCUUUUUCAAGGAGGCAGAGACUAGCACACAACAGCAAGAACACUCACAAAGAAAAGAAAAAAAAAAAAAACAUGAAGCUUCAGUUCCACAUACUAUGCCUAAUUAUAAUCUCUUUACAACAAGUAAACCCUUCCUUGCUAAGGCCUGACUCAACGCUUACUCCUACUCCAACCCCAACUCCUUGGCCCGAGCAAUUCCAUGCACUUCUUUACAUGAACUUGAGCAAAGGCAAUCUGCAAAUGAGUGAUCUGUGGUAUGAUUGGCCUAAUGGCCGGAAUGUGAACAUAUUCCAGAAACAACUCUCCAUAAUUCUGUAUGACAUAGAGUGGAAUAAUGGGACUUCUUUCUAUUAUACACUUGAAGAGCCUUACAGUUGUGAGGUUAUGGAAUUUGGAGUGGGAAUUCCUAGGCCUGAUUUUCUUGACGGAGCUAAUUAUCUUGGGACUACUGUCACUGAUGGGUUCUUGUGUAAUGUGUGGGAGAAGGUUGAUUUUAUUUGGUAUUAUGAAGAUGUUUCUACUAAAAGGCCAGUUAGAUGGGAUUUCUACGAUGGUAUAUCAUCACAUGUGAUAACAUUUGAGGUUGGUGCAGUUUUGGAUGACUCAUUGACUCAAGCACCUGCAAAUUGCUUUACCCAACCCAACUCAUCCCACCUGUAAAUUUUAUUUUUUAAUUAGAACUUACUAUUGUGUUACUAUUUAGAUGUGAUUUUAUAGCUUGGGCAUGAGCCAGGCUUGCAAAUAAGUAUCAAAGUAUACAGAUAUUAACUUGUAUUUAAAAUGUUAAAAAAAAUAAAAAAUAAAAAAAUAAAAGUCACCCUUUCUUUCAUCAAA